AUGGCUCAAGAAGCAAAAACAAAAUUCGAUUCAUCAAUGCAGCGAUUACUAUCAAUGAAAGAGAAAUUAGAAGCACUACUCAAUAUGACACAAAUGGCUUAUCAAAAACAUCACCAAGCAUGUGUUCAAUCAAAGACUGAUAUCGAAAAAAUAAUGUCGAACUUCCAAAAUCUUAUCGAAACACAAAAGAAACAAUUGAUCACUAAAAUAGACAGUAAUAAUACUAAGUAUGAACCAGUUAUUAAGCAACAACAGGAAGAUAUUGAUGAGCAACUUAAAACUGUUUUAAUUAGAAUAUUAUUGACAAAACAAAUGUGCGAUACGUCAAAUCUUCAUCAAAUUAUCAAAAUGAAAGGUGAUUUGAUUAUUUACAAUGAGUUAAUCGAAGAACAAUAUGAGCAACUAAUGGAAGGAUGUAUGUUCGACAUCAUGCGUUUUGUUCCCGACGAUACUCUGUCACAAAUCAAAGAAUUAUUAGAAAAAUUAGACAACAUAUCAGUAGAGUCAUUUUUGACCGAUAGAAGUCAUAUUCAACCGUUGCUAAAAGUCUCUGAUGUAUGUGAUGAUGACGACUAUAUUGCAUUGGACGGUACUUAUGCUUACGGUUAUCGUUUUUAUUUAACAGUACCACUGAAAUUUCAAGCCGUACGUGUCAAGUCGAAACUUGUUGAUAAUGAUCUUAGCAUUUAUAUUUUAAAUUCCAAUGAUAUUGUAAUUCAGACAGAAACAAUUCAUGUAAACAAUCGAAAUUCAGAAGUAUUCAAAUGGUUUGCUAUCCCAAUUACUUGUGAGAUUGAAAAUAAUUAUUCGAUUUUGGUAUGGGCAAAAUCUAAUGGACAAGAAACACCAUUGAUCAUCUGUAAUUUUGAGGAUCAUAAUUUACGCCGAAUUAAUCAGAAUGUAUCUGUUCGUAAUGAGCAUGCUCUCAUUGAUACAUCGCAGAGUGUUGAAAUCGGUAUGAAGCUUAAUGUACUCUAUGAUGCACUUUCAAAUAAUGAUCCUGAUCUUGCAGAAACAGUACCAUGUAUCAAAAUGAUUUUAGAUAUAUAG